UCUGAGGAGCUCUAAUCCCCCACAGGAGGGCUGCAGGCUGGUCCCAGAAGCUGCUUGCUUCCUUGCAGGACGUGGUAGCUGCAGGCUCAAAACAGCCAGAAUGCAUUCCCUCAAUUCGCAGAACUCUCUCAAAAGGCUGCAGUCUCUUGCCAACCUGUGAGGGUGGCUGACUGCCACCCCAUUGUAAGAGUAGAGGUCAGGGACCGCCCCAGGCCACUCUGCCAGACCCAUGUCUUCAUCUAACUCACUGUGCCUGAAGCUCACAUGACGGUGCUGUGGGGCCUGUCUGGGGCCCAGCUGGGUGGGGUUCACGUACUGGGGUGAGGGAUCAAGAAGGGUGUCCGCUGCAGUAGAAAGAAGGUGGGCUGCGGACUUUCAGACGUGGCCCUUAACCUCCCCGAACUGACCUAGGCUAGUCACUUAGCCGCGGUCUGACCUUCUCCAUCUGUGACUGAGUCACAGUCACAGGGCUUCCCUAGACCCCGGUGAGCUCCGGUAAGGACCUUGUUGCGAGGUCGGGCAGGGUGGGCAGGGUGAAAUAUCUGGGUGUGUGGCAGCGGGUGGGGCCGCGCGGGGGGCCUGGGAUGGGGGCGGGCCCUGCGCUCCGCGCCGGCGAACUGGGCGGGCUCAGUGCUCAGAGCGGAGGCAGCGGCUGCGGCUGCGGCAGCGGCAGGUUCCAGUAGCUGGCUCAGUGCUCUUCUCGGCCACCUGCCAUGGCCCGGGGGCUGCCCACCAUUGCUAGCCUGGCACGCUUAUGCCAGAAGCUGAACCGCCUGAAACCACUGGAGGACUCCACCAUGGAGACGUCACUGCGGCGCUGCCUGUCCACGCUGGACCUGACUCUUCUGGGCGUGGGUGGCAUGGUGGGCUCGGGUCUCUACGUGCUCACAGGUGCCGUGGCCAAGGAGGUGGCUGGCCCUGCUGUGCUCUUGUCCUUCGGUGUGGCCGCUGUGGCCUCCCUGCUGGCAGCCCUAUGCUAUGCAGAAUUUGGGGCACGUGUGCCACGCACGGGCUCUGCCUACCUGUUCACCUACGUAUCCAUGGGCGAGCUGUGGGCCUUCCUCAUCGGCUGGAAUGUUCUCCUCGAAUACAUCAUCGGUGGCGCCGCCGUGGCCCGUGCCUGGAGUGGCUACCUGGACUCUAUGUUCAGCCACAGCAUCCGCAACUUCACUGAGACCCAUGUGGGUUCCUGGCAGGUGCCCCUCCUGGGCCACUACCCGGACUUCCUGGCUGCUGGCAUCAUCCUCCUGGCCUCUGCCUUUGUCUCCUGUGGAGCCCGCGUGUCCUCCUGGCUCAAUCACACCUUCUCAGCCAUCAGCCUGCUUGUCAUUCUCUUCAUUGUCAUCCUGGGCUUCACCCUGGCCCAGCCUCACAACUGGAGCGCUGACGAAGGAGGCUUUGCACCCUUCGGCUUCUCCGGCGUCAUGGCCGGCACUGCCUCCUGCUUCUAUGCUUUCGUGGGCUUCGACGUCAUUGCCGCCUCCAGUGAGGAGGCCCAGAACCCACGGCGGUCUGUGCCUCUGGCCAUCGCCAUCUCGCUUGCCAUUGCAGCUGGUGCCUACAUCCUUGUCUCCACCGUGCUAACCCUCAUGGUGCCCUGGCACAGCCUGGACCCCGACUCAGCGCUGGCAGAUGCCUUCUACCAGCGGGGCUACAGGUGGGCUGGCUUCAUCGUGGCAGCUGGCUCCAUCUGCGCCAUGAACACCGUCCUGCUCAGCCUCCUCUUCUCCCUGCCACGCAUUGUCUAUGCCAUGGCCGCUGAUGGGCUCUUCUUCCAGGUGUUUGCCCAUGUGCACCCCCGGACACAGGUGCCUGUGGCGGGCACCCUGGCGUUCGGGCUCCUCACGGCCUUCCUGGCACUGCUGCUGGACCUGGAGUCGCUGGUUCAGUUCCUGUCCCUUGGCACACUCCUGGCCUACACCUUCGUGGCCACCAGCAUCAUUGUGCUGCGCUUUCAGAAGUCUUCCCCGCCCAGCUCCCCAGGCCCAGCCAGCCCUGGCCCCCUGACCAAGCAGCAUAGCUCCUUCUCAGACCACCUACAGCUGGUGGGCACUGUGCACGCCUCCGUCCCUGAGCCAGGGGAGCUGAAGCCAGCCCUGAGGCCCUACCUGGGCUUCUUGGAUGGGUACAGCCCUGGAGCAGUGGUGACUUGGGCGCUUGGCGUUAUGUUGGCCUCAGCCAUCACCAUAGGCUGCGUGCUCGUCUUUGGGAACUCGACCCUGCACCUCCCACACUGGGGUUACAUCCUGCUGCUCCUGCUCACCAGUGUCAUGUUUCUGCUCAGCCUCAUUGUCCUGGGGGCUCACCAGCAACAGUAUCGGGAAGACUUAUUUCAGAUCCCCAUGGUUCCCCUGAUUCCAGCCCUGAGCAUCGUCCUCAACAUCUGCCUCAUGCUGAAACUUAGCUAUCUGACCUGGGUGCGCUUCUCCAUCUGGCUGCUGAUGGGACUUGCAGUGUAUUUCGGCUAUGGCAUCCGGCAUAGCAAGGAGAACCAGCGGGAGCUGCCAGGGCUGAACUCCACACACUACGUGGUAUUCCCCAGGGGCAGCCUGGAGGAGACAGUGCAGGCUGUGCAGCCCCCCAGCCAGGUACCAGCACAGGACCCUGGCCAUAUGGAGUAGCUGGUCAGCCCACACUUGCCCCGCCCUCCCACACCUGCUUGGGAGGCCAGAGAGGCCAGACAAGCCGAGAGCCCCUUCUGUUGUGGGCAGCCUGGGUUUGCAGGCCUGCACAGGCUGGGGAGUCCUCAGGACCUUAGGACCUUCAUCCAGGGGCUGAGCUUCGGGUCUUCAGGAGUGGGCCUUGGCUGGUGCUGGUGCCAUGGACUCUGCCCAGAGCCUUCUUGUUUAUGAUCAGCUCCAGCUACCUGGGCAGUUGUGGUGGGGUAGAUGGGAAGGCCCAUAGCCCAAGGGAUCCAUAAUAAUAAUUGCUUGGCCAGCCA